CUGCGCCCUUUUUUCCCUGAUUUUCGCUAUUCAUUCAACGCACUCUCACCUGUUCAAUCGUUGUACAUUGCCAUCUCACUUUUUUCUGUAAUUCAAGCGUUUGCUGCUUCUUUAAAGUCCUUUUCUACAGCAGACGUGCCACUCUCGCUACAUACAAUACCACAUUCGUUGUGACCCGUCGGUCUUUGUCGAGCAAUCUCCCCCAGACCCUCAGAACAUUCCUCGAAUUCCUCCCAUUCGCUCACCUGCGAAAGAAAGCCCUUUCUUUGUACUACCACCGGACGGGGUUCUGUCAUACAUCGUUCUCUCUUCCACCCGAUUCUUGACCUCCUUUCAUUGACGACUGCAUAACGACAUGGCCGGCCGCUUCUGGCUCUUAGCCGCCUCUUUGGCGCCUGCGGCAUAUGCUGCAGUUUCCUGCGGUGGUGGAACGCAAUGCCCAGAGGAUACUCCUUGUUGUUCACAGUACGGCCAAUGCGGUGUCGGCGCCUAUUGUCUGGGUGGCUGCGAUCCUGUCAACUCUUUCUCGCUUGAAGCCUGUGUACCUGCGCCUGUCUGUCAAUCUCAGACAUACAAAUUCGACAACCUCGAUGGCAUCGUACCGAACACCAAAUAUCUCGGAGAUGCCAGCAAAGCAGAUUGGGUGUCUUCUGGACAACCCCUCGAGUACGAUGGCUCCGUGUUGCUUACGAUGGCCGAAGGAACGGUUGGAACACUCCUGGCCAGCACACACUAUGUGUGGUAUGGCAAAGUGGGGGCUCGAUUGAGCACCGCUGCUGGUGCUGGUGUCGUGACUGCGUUCAUUCUCUUGGGUGACUCUAAAGACGAAAUUGAUUUCGAAUUUGUCGGAGUGGAACUCGAGAGUGCUCAAACCAACUUUUACUCUCAGGGUGUCACUGACUAUCACAACGGUGGCAACACUACUGGCUUGACCGACGUGCACGCAAACAUGCACGAUUAUGAAAUCGAUUGGCAACCCGAUACUAUCACCUGGUCCAUCGAUGGCAAGGUUGUUCGUACCCUCAACCGUGAAGAUACCUGGAACGCUACCGCCAACCGAUACUCAUACCCUCAAACCCCAUGCAGAGUGCAGCUGUCUCUCUGGCCUGGUGGUCUGUCCACUAACGGUGAGGGUACGAUUCAAUGGGCCGGUGGUCUUGUUCAGUGGAAUUCCCCGUACAUGGAGAAUGGUUACUACUACGCCACCUUCGAUGAAGUGUCAAUUCAAUGCUACAAUCCUCCUAGCGGUGCCAACUCAAGUGGCAGCAAGUCAUAUGUCUACAACAACGACGCCAUGACCAACAAUACUGUCGAGAUUACCAACGAUAACACGAUCCUCAAGUCAUUUAUGGCAACUGGUCUGAACAUGUCGGCUGGCGACGCGAGUGCCUCUGCUAGCGCCAGUGGUUCUGCGAAGACGAACAAUCCUGAGAGCGUGCCUGGUUUGAGCGGUGGUGGUACUGGCAACAACGGCCAGCGUGGUGGUGAUAACAACUCCGAUGGCAGCAGCGCUUCGGGUACUGAUUCAGGGUCCGGAAGUGCUACAGCAACCGGUAGUGCAUCAACUGGAUUUGUCCAAGGCGGUGGAAGUAACGGAGGCAGCAAUGGUGCCGGUCAGAUCGGCGGCAAUAGCGAGGCUGUCCUGAGAGGCAGUCUAUUUGCUGUUGUCGUUGCUUUGGUUGGACUUUGCGUGCUAUAGUUUUGAGGUUGACAUCAAUAUGGGUGUAUAUGCACUGACUGACAUUCUUUUGGUAUUGGGAGGGUUUUGCAUUGCGAGGAUAUACUGGGACCAUAAUUUUUACAUGUUCAUGCUAGAUGAAGAAUCCAAACAAAAAUGGUGUGGGUGUGGUUGUCCAUCAGUUUGAACUCUACCACUUCAAUGCCUCGAUGAACAUCAAUAUGUGUGAUCUCAAUUACCAGGUAUCAGGUACAACUAGGUACUAGGCACUACAUAGGUUCUCGAAUGGUUUGUGAUUGUAUGGAUCAGGUGUAUGGGAUACAUGGUAGGUAGGGGAUACAGAGUACUGAGUAAUGAGUAUCGAAUUAUGUUGUGUCUGGUUGGUGCAUCUUCGGCAAAGAAUUUAUGAAGUCAUUUCUUUGCUGCGUGUCAUGGAC